GUCCUGCACGUACCUGGUAAAAUCUUGGGCUACGGUUUUGCAGAUGGGAAUUUCAAGGAGAUAUGUGGCGUGGCGGCUCCGGAGGGGUUCGAUAACGAGGGAGGGGUACAGGAUGUGCUUACAUAUUUCUGCGAAACGAAGACCACUAACCUCGUCAACAGCCAAUUUCCACAAGCAACUUAUUGUCAACAGUCAACAAAGCAAUGCCAAGAAAACUACAAAAACAUCAAAAAUAAAGCACACCACAUGUUAAAGAGUUGAAGCAAAACAAGCAAUAGAUUGAUACACAAGACCAGGCAUUCAUUCGAACUCUUGAAAUCCAUCAUGUCUGAGUAUACAUCUUCCGCCGAUACGAUCGCCUCCGACGACGACAUCUUAACCGAAAUCCUCAUACGGGUACCGGUGAAAUCACUCCUCCGGUUCAAGUCCGUAUCGAAGCACUGGCUCUCUCUCAUCGUCACACCCCAUUUCGCACGCUGCCGGAAUCCUGACCCUAGCUCUGUAUCUGGCCUAUUCUUGUACUCGUCCGGUCGGGGCCUCAACUCCGGACUCAAUUUCAUCCCUCUUCAAAAUGAUGGCAAUCCAACCGACGGAAAUUUUACAACAUUUCCAUUAGGUAUGAAAAUUUUAAGUUCAUGUCACGGCUUAUUAUGCUGUACUAGCUUCUCCCGUACUGGCAACCAUCAUCAAGUCCACAUCCUCAAUCCUACUACCAAGCAAUUCACUUCACUUCCUAAACCCCGUGGGGAAAUAAGAGGGUUGAGUUUAUCUUUUGACCCAUGUAGAUCACCUCACUACAAAGUAGUUUGCGUAUUGGGCACCGUUUCAGUUUUGUCCAGAGAGCCUUAUCAGAGUGAGUGGCGUUAUCAGAUUGAGAUAUAUGCGUCUGAGACCGGCACUUGGAGGCCUUCUGGUGAACCUUUUAUCGGCGAUCUCAAUACCCAUUUCCUUGGCGGGGUGUAUUGGCAUGGCGCGAUUCAUUGGUUCAACACAUGGGGGGACUCCUUGUAUUUCGACAUCGAGGAUGAGAGGCUUGGAAUCUUGCCGAUGCCAACGAUUCCUCAGGGUGAAGGGAAUGGGAGGCUGAUUAGGUACUAUGGGGAGUCCCGUGGCCAUUUGCAUCUUGUUGAGAUCUACGGUGCAAGGACUCAGUUUUGUGUAUACGAGAUGGACGCGGACUAUUCGGGGUGGUUUGUUAAGUACAAUGUUGAUCUUCACGAAGUUGGAAUUGCAUUUCCAGAGAUGAUGCAGACGCUGUCGUGGGAUCCAAUGUAUUACUCGUUUGCUAUACUUGCCAUUGUAUGGGAAGAUGAGCGAUCGUUUCUGGUGUUGCACAUACCUGGAAAGAUCGUACGGUACAAUCUUGUGGAUAAAAGCUUUGAGAAGAUAGGCGAUGUUGCCCCGGAGCAUUGCGACAGUAGCGGCAUGAUAGAGGAUGCAUUACGAUAUUUCUGGUUUCAUGCUUUUCAAUACAUUGAGACGGUCUCUCGUAUCUGAAUGCAAUUCUUAACAAAUGUAACAUUAUUUUUCACUUAUGUUAGUUAUGUAGUUGGCAUUGCUAUAUAUGAGAGUAUUUAAAUG